CUACAGGAAACAAUGCGAUACCGUACCCGUUCUCUGUGGUAGGACAUGUCACUAUUUACGUUAUGAUAGUGAUGAAAAGGGUGUUGCGGAACUGAAAUGGGCAUGAAGACGUCUAAAGGCUAGCCACUGGCGAAUGCCAUUACUCCUCGUGUGCCUGCGACUCGUAACCGCGCCCUUGGUGUCCUCUUGGCCAAAGCACCACUUUGCCAGGUAGUUUAUUCCAGGUUAAUAGGGUACAGAAAUGGUUGUGCCACUGGUAGGGCACCGCGUCCUCGAAAUUCAUGGGAAUACCAAACCUUCGCAUUUACUGGAGCCAGUCGUUGAGUUGGGUCGCCCAAGCUUCGCCCACACCAUUCCAUCACCCUUGGAAAAUUUUGGAAAUUUCCUCCACACAUCAUUUGCAUUUGCUAUAUUUGGGGAAUAAUAUCACAGGACCUUCACGUAACGCUGUCUGUGCCUGCCCUUCGCAAAACGAGACGCAUCGCUAGGCGCUAUGGCUGAUGGGCAUCAAUCGAGCUAUGGGGGAUAUGUCCCUAUGCCUGGGUACGGCGAAUUAGCACACGGGCUAAAGGGAAAUCCAGAAGCAGGGCAGAACUUGAUCGGUACGGCAAGGCAUUGUCAUAUCCCUCCUGCAAGCGUCGCUGGGGGCCGCCAGUACAUCGGCCCUUCACCCGUCGACAAUCACCUUGUACCGGACAAUCUAAGCCAGCAACAAGUCGAUGACGGCGAGCAACGACGCAAAAUCUGUGGGGUUUCCAUAUUGCAAGCCGCUCCGAACCCGCCGUUGCCGCCCUUUCCCAUGAUACCUGACCUCCUCUGCGUGGAAUCCGCCCCCUCAGACCCGAUACUAGUCCCUCUACGCAGCAACAGCUAUAGCCUCGCCCAUCUUCCGCGUAUUAACCUCUCUCCCACCCAACAUACGCCAAUGCAGGCACGAAUGUCCAAUAGAGACUACGCUCCAAUCAACCUCAACGCCAAUAACACCCCCCUGGACAAUUAUUCCUCAGUCCGCCCCAAGAACCUCCCCGGCGCAGGCCCCCUCCUCGAACCCCUCCUGUCCGCCCCCGGCCGCAAAUUCGCCGACCAUGUCUUCUGCGACCCGGGCCUACACACCCGCAUGAACGAACACGGACGUAUGAUCCGCUGCGAACGGGAAGGCCACGCCCGCGAGUUGAGCAAGCAACCCUGUCGGGGGAACUGGAAUUGCCGGUGCGGCCAGGACGUCUACCGCGGCGACCACAAGACAAUGGCUUGUUUUCCGCUCUUGGAUCCGACGGUGGCCCAGAAGAACCUGGAGAAGGUCAGGGGAGUUCUUGAGGGAGUGCCGGAGGGGAAGAAGUUGCCUGUUCCGGCGGGGGAUAUGGUGCCUGAGUGGCAUUAUAGUAAGGUGGGGGAGAGGGUGAGAAUAAGGGAAGAGGAGGAGGGGGAGGGGAUAAUGGCGGCGAUUCAAUGGGAGCCGGUGCAGCACAUGAAUAUUGUCGACGAGGAGGAGGAGGAGGCGCAGGAAGUAAUGCAGGUUGAGGAGGGAGACGAGGAUUGUCUUUGUCGCGCUUGUCGUCUAUUACAGCUGGGUCGUCGGGUGCGUAGUAGAUCCCGCACUGUGGAGAAUGAGAGCAAGCGAAUGGAUUAGGGCGGGAGAUUUAGUCAGACUUGGACCGAAAAUCCUCUGUAGGAUUUGCGGGGCGGGGCG